AUGACUACCGCCAUAGUAGCUUGGUUACAGUCUUGUCUGCAGUGUCGGUUCAUGAAAUGGAAGAAAAUCAAUCCACUGGAGAUGGUGGUUGUGCAUACCAUUGUUAUGGUAUGUGCGGCUGCGACGCUGGGCGUGGACAGGUUUGGAGAGGUACUUACGUUGAGGGGGAAUAAUGUGACGGGAAGGGAGUACUCGCUGGCGUUGGCGGCGGGAUUGGCUGGCUGUUUAUCAUCAUCCUUCCUCCUACUUCUAUGGACCGUCAUAAUCUGGAACAUGAAUAAAUACAACAGAGGAACCGCGUUUAACGCACCGCAACCACAACAAUGGCCAAAUCCUCAAACACAUCAGCAGUGGCAAACAACACAGCAACCAAUGCCUCAGGGAAUUUACGGUCCACCGCAAUAUAGUCAGCAUAAUAUGACCCCGGUCCCAGGUCAGACGUAUACUUAUGAUGGAACGAAGUUCGUGGCCGCAUCUUUUGUAAAUGAAAUGGGUGUGGGGGAUAAUGUAAAUGGAUUGCCUGCAUAUAUGGGUGGGAGUGGGAGAUAG